UUCGUGCAAUUUGGACGUGUCGCGUGAUAGUCGGAAGCACGAUAUUCGCUAGCAUUGUCGUAAAGUUUUUUCGAACGUCUUUUUGCAAAACGAAAGUAACGGAACUGUGCUGAACGGAAUUUGUUUGAGUGAUUUAUCGAGGCGUUGUGACUAUGACGUCUAUUAGUCUUGUUACUCUUUGUUGAAAAUGUGCCGUUGAGGUCUGUAUGAACAAACGAGCAUACGGAAAUCAAAACCCAUCUGCUCUUUUAAAUCUUGAAAUGCGAACUCUUAAGUGACUGAUCUGUCCAAAUUGAUUAUAUUUAUUUGUGUGCCAUAAAGAGGACGUCAACUUUCUGACAAGUGGAUUUAAAGUUGUGCGUAAAAGCACGAGAAAACACACGGAGAUGGCCAUACUGCAGUCUUGUUGCUUUUGGAAGACGGUGCGUACCGGCAGCAUGGCAAGCGCCACAUACACUUUGGUGUACUUUGGUUUCUCCACCGUUGUUAUGCUCAUUACUGUUUACGAUGAACGGGAGUUUCUGGCUGGCGGUAGAGAGCAACCAUUAGGAGAAAGCAUCUUGGCUAAGGGAGAGAUAACACCGGCUAUUGUUGUAUUUAAUAUUCUCUUUCUGAUUUGCUCGUUUUUCAUCGUCAUAUCGUCGCUCUUAACGUUCGUUGGACUAAAGCAGAAUCGUCGUCAACUGCUGUUACCUUGGAUUAUUUUCAUGCUCUGCGAUGUGCUCAUUGAAAUUGUUCACUUAAUCUAUUUGUCAUUUACGCAAAUCGUGAACUUCGAUCCAGUAGUCGGCUUUAUAUUCACCAUCGACUUUUUUAUAAUGUGUCUAAAUUCCUACUGUCUGCUGUGCGUGAUAUCGCAAUAUCAAAAUUACCUGCAAGGACUGGGUUGCGGGAAUCAACAGAUACGGACCGAGGUGGUGAUACAAUCAGCUGAUGGUGGAGCUAGUUCGAGUCAGAGUUAUCUGCGUGCAACGAAAAUACAAAAAUCUAUCGCCAGUCCUUACAUCACAACAAAUGCACACACGCAUAUUUCGACGAUACACGAGGAGACGGACCAAAAUCAUAAACUUCCUACGAAUUCAGCGGAAGUGCCGAGCGAACUGGCUGAGGACAACUGCUUACACAUUACUGUCAACAUUCCGUCUCCGUUAUAAAUGUGACAUUAUCAGCGUUUCUUCUCUAGUGGAAAUUGCAAAGUGUGGCGGACAAUACAAGCGGUAGUCGAAGCAGCAUCAGGAUUUGCAACGAAUGCAAGCAACAACUGCUUGCAGAUUAAAUGGAGAAAUUGCAGUUGCAGUACAGGCAAAAAGACAUAUAAGGUCUGUGAGCGGUAAAAUGCAAGCAGCGUUUCAGUGAAAAUAUAAAAAGAAGAUUAUUUUUCGAAGUCUGGAGGAUCUACACACAUCAAAUACUACAGAUUUGCCUACUCACGUAACAGUUAAGUCAUAAAUGUGCCUAAACAAUAAUGCGUGCGAAGUGUUUCGAACCUAUGCCACGAGUUUUAGAAAUAAAUUUUCACUUUAUAUCAACCGGCGUAGGAGUUUGCAUGAUAAUAUUCAAAAGAAGAGCUACACCUUUCUUGAUUCCUAAAUAAACACCCUUUAUAUGUAUACAAAAUUGUAUAUACAAUUUAAUUCCGAAAAUUUACAAGUUGUGAGACACAAUUUUUCGAAUGUAAAUAUUGUAAUAAAAUUUUAGUACAUCGCUAAAGUUAAAAAGUUAAA